AUGUCUCUGCAGCCUUCGAGGUUCAUUUACCUGUGUUUACAUUUUCUGGUGCUCUACUUCCAGCUAAAGCCCGACGGGAGCAAACAGGAGUGCGUUUUCAUCGAGGAGUUCCUGGAGAACAACUACACGGCCCUGGUUUCGGCCAAAUACACGGGCUGGUACCUGGGCUUUAACCGAAAAGGAAGACCCAAAAAAGGUUCCCGGACCACUCAGAGGCAGCAGGAAGUCCACUUUAUGAAACGGCAACCCAAGGGCCGCGUGGACCCUCUGGAGGAGUUCCGCUUUACCACCGUCACUAAGAGGACUCGAAGGGCCCGCAGUGGAAUCGGUCGCCGUGGCGACGGACCGGAGAGAGCUCUUCUUGUUGUGGAGACGGAAACCUUCGGCAGCCACAUCCGAAUAAAAGGAAAAGAGAGCGGACAUUACAUCUGCAUGAACGAGAAGGGAAAGAUCGUCGGAAGGCCCGACGGGAGCAAGCAGGAGUGCGUUUUCAUCGAGGAGUUCCUGGAGAACAACUACACGGCCCUGGUUUCGGCCAAAUACACGGGCUGGUACCUGGGCUUUAACCGAAAAGGAAGACCCAAAAAGGGUUCCCGGACCACUCAGAGGCAGCAGGAAGUCCACUUUAUGAAACGGCAACCCAAGGGCCGCGUGGACCCUCUGGAGGAGUUCCGCUUUACCACCGUCACUAAGAGGACUCGAAGGGCCCGCAGGUUAAAAACCAGCUCCAAGAGGAACUAA